AAGCCAUUUUAUCUAUUCUCAGCUGACUAUCACAGUAGUGGCCACACUGUCAUUAAUGGCUGGAAGAUCCACAACACAGCUAAGAACAAAUGGUUUGUAUGCAUGGCAAAAACUCCUGAAGAGAAGCAAGAAUGGCUGGAAGCUAUUUUGAAAGAGCGAGAGAGACGAAAAGGUUUAAAAUUGGGCAUGGAGCAAGACACUUGGGUGAUGAUCUCUGAGCAAGGAGAAAGACUGUACAAAAUGAUGUGCAAGCAAGGGAGUCUCAUCAAAGACAGGAAGAGGAAAUUAACCACGUUCCCCAAAUGCUUUCUUGGAAGUGAAUUUGUGUCCUGGUUGUUAGAAAUUGGAGAGAUACACAGAUCUGAAGAAGGUGUUCAUCUUGGCCAAGCUUUAUUAGAGAAUGGCAUUAUUCACCAUGUUACUGAUAAGCACCAGUUCAAACCUGAACACAUGCUGUACAGAUUCCGAUACGAUGACGGAACAUACUAUCCAAGGAGUGAGAUGCAGGAAGUGAUUUCUAAGGGUGUACGACUGUACUGUCGCCUUCACAGUCUCUUUACCCCAGUAAUUAGGGAUAAAGAUUAUCAUCUGCGAACUUACAAAUCUGUUGUCAUGGCUAACAAACUCAUAGACUGGUUGAUUGCACAGGGAGAUUGUCGGACCAGGGAAGAAGCUAUGAUCUUUGGUGUAGCUCUUUGUGAUAAUGGCUUUAUGCACCAUGUGUUAGAGAAAAGUGAAUUUAAAGAUGAACCACUGCUGUUCCGUUUUUAUGCGGAUGAAGAAAUGGAAGGAUCAAAUAUGAAACACAGACUGAUGAAACAUGAUUUGAAAGUAGUGGAAAAUGUUAUAGCUAAGUCACUGUUGAUUAAAUCUAAUGAAGGCACCUAUGGUUUUGGUUUAGAAGAUAAAAAUAAGGUGCCAAUUAUUAAGGUGGUGGAGAAAGCAUCAAAUGCUGAGAUGGCAGGCUUGGAAGUUGGGAAAAAAAUCUUUGCCAUUAAUGGUGACCUCGUUUUUCUGCGACCCUUCAGUGAAGUGGAUUGCUUCCUGAAAAUGUGUUUAAACAGCAGAAAGCCCCUGCGGGUUCUUGUGAGCACUAAACCAAGGGAGACAGUGAAGAUUCCUGACUCCGCAGAUGGUCUUGGGUUCCAAAUCCGAGGCUUUGGCCCUUCAGUCGUCCAUGCUGUUGGGAGAGGAACAGUGGCAGCUGCAGCAGGUCUCCACCCUGGCCAGUGCAUAAUCAAAGUGAAUGGAAUUAAUGUCAGCAAGGAGACUCAUGCAAGUGUUAUUGCUCAUGUCACGGCAUGCAGGAAGUAUAGGCGUCCAAUGCAGCAAGACUCUAUACAAUGGAUUUACAACAGCAUUGAAAGCGCACAGGAAGAUCUUCAGAAAACAAAUGCCAAGCCCCCAGGAGAUGAUGGAGGAGAUGCCUUUGACUGCAAAGUGGAAGAGGUAAUUGACAAGUUUAACACUAUGGCAAUAAUUGAUGGGAAGAAAGAUCAUGUAAGCCUGACUGUUGAUAAUGUUCAUUUGGAGUAUGGAGUGGUUUACGAGUAUGACAGCACAGCUGGAAUCAAGUGCCACGUGUUAGAAAAAAUGAUUGAACCAAAGGGAUUUUUCAGCUUGACUGCAAAGAUUCUGGAAGCACUGGCAAAAAGUGAUGAGCAGUUUGUGCAGAACUGCAACAGCCUCAGUUCCUUAAGUGAAGUAAUUUCUACUGAGCUUCAAAGUAAAUUCAGUGUUAUUUGCAGUGAGAAAAUUGAACAUAUCUACCGAAGAAUUUCUAGUUACAAAAAGUUUUCAAGAGUAUUAAAAAACAGAGCUUGGCCUACCUUCAAGCAAGCUAAAUCAAAGAUUUCACCACUUCACAGCAGUGAUUUCUGUCCAACCAAUUGCCAUAUCAAUGUAAUGGAAGUCUCUUACCCUAAAACCUCAACUUCUGUUGGAAGUGCUUUUGGUGUACAGUUAGACAGCAGAAAACAUUCUUCACAUGAAAAAGGGAAUAAAAACAACGACCAAGGUAAACUGAAUCCUAUGAUUUAUGUUCAACAUAGCAUUACUACUAUGGCUGCCCCUUCAGGACAGUCUCUCAGCCAGCAGGAGGGUCAUGGUCUGAGGUACCUCUUAAAAGAAGAAGAUUUAGAAACACAAGAUGUCUACCAGAAAUUGCUGUUCAAAUUACAAACUGCACUGAAAGAGAUGGAAACCUGUGUCUGUCAGAUAGAUGACCUUCUUUCUUCAAUAACGUACUCUCCAAAAUCAGAACGUAAAACACCUGAGCCUUUAGUACCAGCAGACAGUGAUAAUGAAAAGGGGGAAAGGAAUGGAAAGAAAGUCUGCUUCAGUGUGACAGGUGAUGAACAAGAAGAUUCUGGUCAUGAUACUAUCAGCAACAGGGAUUCUUACAGUGAUUGCAACAGCAACAGGAACUCCAUUGCGUCGUUCACCAGCAUUUGUAGCAGUCAGUGCAGUUCUUACUUUCACAGUGAUGAAAUGGAUUCAGGCGACGAGCUUCCCAUAAGUGUUCGAAUUUCUCAUGAUAAACAAGACAAGCUCCAUAGCUGUUUGGAACAUCUUUUUGGUCAAGUUGAUUCAAUUGUCAGUCUUCUGAAAGGACCAGCUGUGAUGAGGGCCUUUGAACAGACAAAACACUUUACACCGGGCCGAGGCCUACAAGAGUUUCAGCAGGAAAUGGAACCGAAGCUUAGCUGUCCAAAGAGGUUACGACUUCACAUCAAGCAAGACCCUUGGAACCUUCCCAGCAGUGUCCGGAGUCUUGCCCAAAGUAUCAGAAAAUUUGUUGAAGAGGUGAAGGCACGGAUACUCUUGGCACUUCUGGAGUAUACAGACAGCGAGAUACAACUGAGGCGAGACAUGGUCUUCUGUCAGAGUCUCGUGGCCACUGUCUGUGCUUUUUCUGAGCAACUUAUGGUGGCCUUAAAUCAGAUGUUUGACAACAACAAAGAAUAUGAAAUGGAGACGCUGGAGGCCAGCAGAAGGUGGUUGGAACAGAUAGCUAGUGCGGGUGUUCUCCUUCAUUUCCAGUCACUGCUGUCACCUAACCUGGCUGAUGAACAAGCCAUGCUGGAGGAUACACUGGUUGCACUGUUUGACUUGGAAAAAGUUACAUUUUACUUCAGACAGUCAGAGCCAGAACCACUAGUUGCAAAUGUCCCAAUCACAUACCAAGCAGAAGGAAGCCGGCAAACUCUGAAGGUUUACUUCUACCUUGAUAGUUACCAUUUUGAACAGCUUCCUCAAAGACUGAAGAAUGGAGGGGGAUUUAAAAUCCACCCGGUACUUUUUUCACAAGCAUUGGAGAGCAUGGAAGGAUAUUAUUACAGAGACAGUGUUUCAGUAGAAGAGUUUCAAGCUCAGAUUAAUGCAGCAUCGCUAGAGAAAGUCAAGCAGUAUAACCAGAAACUACGGUGGGUAAUGAUACCAUGCAAAUUUUGCUUUUUGACCCAGUUUCUAUGACACAUCUUUAAAUUAAAGUGCAUUGCGUGAUAGUUGUUUUUGUUGCUUGAUUGAAGAAGAUCUAAGUCUCAUGAUUCUGACUUUUCUUAUUUCUGCACUGUUAAGAUUACAUUGAAAUAGAAGUAGAAUCAUAUUUUUUUCCUAAAUUGUUUUUCCAUGAAAAUUACAGCUGUAGUUGCCUCAGGAUUGUUUUACUAAUGUACGUACAAAAGGAAAUGUCUACUUGAUCACAAAUACUGAUCUGGUGUAUCAGUUGCUGAACAUCAUGGUCUGAUUUUGCAGAUCAUAUUCCUGUAGAGUAGGACUUAAAGAUAAUGCUGUUUUCAUCAAAGCAGAAUGUAUUUGGGUUUUUCUCCAUUACUAAUGGGCAUAAAAACAUUUCUAGGUAUUUGCAUCAGCUUCAGGUAUGGAUAACAGAGCACAUAUGCAUUAUAUGUAAAGAUUAUGUAUUUUGGUAAAUAGGAAGCUGCAUGUAAAGACGGAAUUUUUGGUGUAGUAAUCUAUUAGUGAUGAAUAGAGUAAUGAAGGUAUGUACCAAGACCACUCUUGCAGCACAGUGUAUCUGUGGAAAACAGCUUUUAAAUAUACUCAUUUACAUGAGUUGAAGAGGAAAAAGUGCAAAGGACUGCUGAAAAAUCACAUCUUUUCACUUUUUAAAUCCUUUAAUUGGAUGGAAACUACCAUGUUAGGCAGCUUUAAAACAAUAGAAAACAGGAGGUAGAAGAGAGAUUAAGGACAGCUGAGAAAAGCAAAGAGGAAGGUUGUUCAGUUAUCCCUUGGGUAUCUAUGUGGGGAGAAGCAGAUAAGUGAAGGUCUCAAUAUUUUUCCAGCUGUUUCACCUGUUGACCCAUUCCUGUGGUUGGGACAUUUUUCUUGUAUCUUGAAAUGUAUCUUGAAAUGAAAAUGUAUUUCUGAAAUAUUUUAUCAAAGCAGUGCAUUUUCUAAAUUCUGCUUUAGUUCAAGUGGUAUUACAGCAAAAGCAAUUAUAAAUCCAGUUGUGCUCUAUGAAUUCUGUAGAUGUCAUUUCUUUGUUCCAUCUGCGUCAGUGCAAAUCUGUCCUAAUGGCAAGUAUAGUAUUUAUUUACUUAUUCUGUUUUCCACAUUGUUUUUUAUUUUUCCAAAG